UUUACCUGACAGCACCUGGACUUUUGAAAGCCAGCAGGUGAGCAUUUUGAAUUUAAUAUAACGGAAUGUAAUAAUUUACCAAAAACAAUUACUAUCAAAACAUUUAAAUGUUCAUUUAGUGCUGGAUCUCGUCCUAUAGUUCAGCGCUACAUGUGAGGACAGCGACACAAAGUGGCGAAUACAUUUUCAGAGAACACAGACACACACACACACACACCCUUAUAUAUGUUGUGUGUAUAUAUAUAUAAUCUUUUUUUUACAACCUUGACUUAAGCAAUAACAAUGACCUGUAAAUAAAUUAUUUAAUUUAAUAAAAACGACCGUUUCUUUUUUCUUUUUUCAAAUCCCUUUUUUGCUCAUUUGAAUUUGAAUGCCCGAGCUACAUAGUCAAUGCUGCGUCUUUAAGAGUUUUCAUCUCAUUGGGUGGUGAAAUACAUUCUGUGAACCAAUAGGAUUCAACACUGUACAAAGAGAUCUAGUCCCUGCCCCCGUUCAUCCUCGGUGCUGAAACACAUUCAUUGCGAAGCGGUGACGGGCGGAGUGAUGAGCUCUUAUUUCGGAAUAUUUAUAAAUCUACCUUUUUGUAUACGAUCGUGCUAUGCACGUAUGAUGUGUAACGGGAGCGAUGCUGGGGACGAUUGAUUUCAGGAUUUUUCCACGUCACGUCAGGUGGAUUUAACGUGUUAACGCGGACGAAGAUGACAAAGAAAAGGGAAUACAGAGACUGGCGAUGGCAGGCGCUGUGGUGGCACAACGUUUUACUGUUAUGGAGUACAACACACGGACAGACUCGGUACAGCAUCCCAGAGGAACUUAAACAAGGCUCAGUGGUUGGAAAUUUAGCAAAAGACUUGGGUUUAGGGCUCUCUGAGGUUUUUGACCGCAAGCUGCGUGUCGCCUCUGAGGCUGAUAAGCAGUAUUUCAGUGUUGAUGCGGGGAAGGGCGAGCUGGUGGUGAAUGACAGAAUAGACAGAGAGGCUCUAUGUGGACAAAGCGCCAGCUGUGUUCUCCCCCUGCAGGUUGUCAUUGAAGACCCGUUACAGCUGUUUCGCGUUGAAGUUGAAAUAUUAGACAUUAAUGAUAAUUCGCCGAGAUUUCCGUCAAAUGAUGUCACAUUGGAAAUUGCAGAGUCCACAGUUGUUGGUGUUCGGUUCCCCUUAGAAGGCGCCAUAGACCCCGAUGUUGGUAGUAAUUCGUUGAAGUCGUAUUCACUGAGUAAAGACGAGUGUUUCAGUGUUAGACUGAAGGAUGUUGCAGGUGGAAGAAAAGUGCCCGAAUUGGUUUUAACAAAACUUUUAGACAGAGAGAAAAAGGCAGUUCACAACCUUUUGUUGACAGCUUUAGAUGGAGGAAAUCCACAAAAAUCUGGAACAUCUCAAAUAUCGGUUAAAGUUCUUGACAUCAACGAUAAUGUCCCAGUUUUUGAGAAGUCGUUGUAUAAAGUGUCUGUUGUAGAAAACGCUUCAGACGGUGCGAUGAUAGUACAGACAAAAGCCACGGAUAUGGAUGACGGUCAGAACGGAGAAAUUGAAUAUAAUUUUGGGGCACACACGCCAGAUAGUGUACUUUCAGUUUUCAGUAUUGAUCCUGUAUCAGGAACAAUACUUCUUAAAGGAAAGUUAGACUACGAAUUUACUGCAAAUUACGAAAUAGAUGUAAGUGCAAAAGACAAAGGAACGCCAAGAAUGGAGGGUCACUGUACUGUCCAAAUUGAAGUGUUAGACAUUAAUGAUAAUGCACCAGAAAUUAUUCUUACCUCGCAUCCUAAACCGGUGCGAGAGGAUGCAACUAAUGGCACUGUAGUGGCUUUGCUUAGUGUGCGAGAUCUGGACUCGGGUGAUAACGGUAAAGUUAUGCUUGACCUACCUCAAAAAUCUCAAUUUACAUUAAAACCAUCAUUUUCUCAAAAUUAUGCUCUAGUUAUUAAUGGUAUUUUAGACCGAGAAAAAAGCUCUAAAUAUGAUAUUGAAAUCACAGCCACUGAUUCGGGCUCUCCUCCUCUGUCCAGUAAGAAAACUAUACCUGUCACUGUCGCAGAUGUCAAUGACAAUCCUCCU